GACAGUGGAGAGCGCGUUUGCGGCAGCAGUUUGAGUGAGAGCACAAAAAAACAAUCCGAAGAGAGAACAAAUACUACAAAAGGCCUGAUGGAAGUGAAAGAGGAAAUUCAAGAGCUGAAUGAAGUGGAGGAGAAACAAAAGGAACCUCAUCAUUUCAUAAUUGGAGAAAAAUCACUUAGUUGCUCACAGACUAAAAAGAAUUUCUCACAUAAUAGAACAGAUGACAGAAACACCUGCCUUCAAUGUGGAAAAUGUUUCACACGGAAAGACAGCCUUAAGGAUCACCUAAAAAUUCACUCUGGAGAGAAACCUUACACAUGUCAUCAGUGUGGGAAAAGUUUCACACGGAAAUAUAGCCUUCAGAAUCACAUUAGUAUUCACUCUGGAGCGAAACCAUUUACCUGCCCUCAAUGUGGAAAGAGUUUCACACGGAAAGACUGCUUUGGGAUGCACUUGAGAAUUCACACUGGAGAGAAACCUUUCACAUGCACUCAUUGUGGAAAAAGUUUCAGACAACAAGAACACCUUAUUAUUCACAUUAGAAUUCACACCGGAGAGAAACCUUACUCAUGUCGUCAGUGUGGAAAAAGUUUUGCACGUAAACAAGCUCUUCAGAACCACAUGCGAAUUCACACUGGAGAAAAGCCUUACACGUGUCAUCAGUGUGGCAAGAGUUUUAAAUGGUCGCACAAUUUCAAAGAUCAUCUACGCGCUCACUCUCAGAUCAAACCUUUUAAUUGUGUUCAAUGUGGUGGAAAUUUUCCAUCUGCAUCCGUUCUAAGAAUCCACCUGCAAGUUCAUGCAAACGAAAGGUCUCACUUGUGUUCUUUUUGUGGAAAGAGUUUUUCCCGAAUGGACUGUUUCAAAGCACACCAGAAAAUACACACUGGCGUGAAAGCUCACGUGUGCUCUGAAUGUGGGAAGGCCUUUUAUAAAGCAGCAAACUUGAAACUGCACGAGAGAAUUCAUACUGGGGAGAAACCUUACAAAUGCUCACAAUGUGACCAGAGCUUCAGUCAUUCACGAUCUCUGAAAACACACGAGAGAGCGCAUACUGGAGAGAAACCAUUCCAGUCCCCUUCCACCAAAUCAAGUCAUGAAAAAGCAUUACCUAAACCUGUCACAUUGAGUUCAUUAUAAAUAGUGUGAGCUUUAAAAACAGUUUCUCCCAUCUAAGAAGUUAAUUUUCUAAAUUGACAAAUGGAAUGACUUGCCAUGAGAUUAAGAGAUUAAAAGAGUGCUAUAGUGUUAAACAUUUAAAAAACUCUGUGUGCAUGAGAAUAUAUCUAUAGAAAUGAGUUCAUGUUUGUCUUACUAGUAUUUCUAGUGUGUGACGUGCUAGUUAAUUGUAUCAUAAUACAUUGUAUCUCUACAUUAUGGUAAAUAAAUCAUGACGUGCCA